AUGUCUCUGCCAGAGUUGAACGACUCCCCCUUGCCGAAAGACUCCCACCAGUACGAUCCGGUCAUGCAAUCGGAGCCGGAGCCGGACUCGCCCGCCGUUUCCUCCUCCCCCAACCGCCCUCGUACCCUCCGGCAAAGGAUAUCUGCCGCCGUCGCCAAGUCUGGCUCCAAACCGCUGCUAUGCUUUCUACCUCUAGGCCUUGUGGCGGACGUGCUGCAUUGGAACCCCGUGUUGGUGUCCAUCUACAAUUUCCUCGCCGUCAUUCCCCUCUCCGUUGUGGUUUCAGACUGCUCCGAUGAGUUGUCCGACUCCCUCGGGCAGCUCAUGGGCGGCUUGAUCAAUGCUACCUUUGGCAACUGUGUCGAGCUGUCGACCGGCAUCUUGGCCCUCACGCGUGGCGAAAUAUAUUUUGCGCAAUCUGUCAUGAUUGGGAGCAUUCUGUCCGAUCUACUGCUUAUCCUCGGUUGCUGUCUCGUCGCCGCCUCGUACAAUACCUACAUCCUCCAUUUCAAUAAACCCGUCACCGGCGCGCUCGCUUCGUUGAUGGUGGUCACCUCAGUCGGACUGAUUCUGCCCUCCGUCCUUUAUUCCACCUUUCCUUUCGACCUUGGGGACCAGAUCGUAGCGUUUUCCCGCGGCACCUCUGCCGUUCUACUUGCGCUAUAUGGUGGAUAUCUUUAUUUUCAGCUGGGGACCCAUAGCCACCUCUUUCUCCAAGGGGAGACUGAGAGCAACUCAUCGCGGGAGUCACAGCGCAGCAUGGAAUGGCUCACAACCACUCUGAUCCUAUCCGCGUUAGCCAUAGUUGUCUCCACGAAGAACAUCAUGGACAGCAUCCCCGCAACUGCUGCAACCCUAAACAUUUCGAAGACGUUCAUUGCGACCAUUCUCAUCCCCAUAAUCAGCAACAGUUGUGAAGGGGCAGUGGUCAUCACUGCCUGUGGUGGUGGCGGCGAUGUGAACUUCGCCAUCAGUAUGAUCGUCAGCAGUAUCCUGCAGAUCGGAUUGUUUGCCAUCCCUUUCCUGGUCAUGCUGGGUUGGGUUAUGGGAUGGGAAAUAUACCUAUAUUCACGGAAGUAUGCUGGUUGCCAUGUAUGCGAUUUUGACGCUUGCUUUUUACGUUCGGUAGGCAAUAGCCGUAAUGUUUUGAUUUCAUCCUCUGCGGUCUUUGGAAUCUGCGUUAUUGCUGGGAAUGCGGGUUUUCGGGCAUAUGCGCCAGAGUUAUAG